AUGUGGUCUGUCAUUCGUCGGCUGCAAGGGGAAUCGCCCCCCGGCGAGAGCACUUGCGGUGAAUUGCGUUAUGAGCGUAAUCAGCGGUGCAUCAUGAUGCACGAGAUGAAGCGCUACCCACGGACAUUGGAUCCAGACGUCUUUACUAGACCUUUUGGGGAAAUGGAGUACGAAAAGGUGCGCGCGUGGAUGCUGCACGACAGCGUUGACAAGCGUCGACAAGCGAUGAACCAUCUUCUGGAACUGCACGUGCUGCAGCGGGAGAAUGUGAUUUGUAGUCUUCGAUACGGGUUUCUUGAUGUAAUACUUUGCACGCUUCACCACGAUGAGUCCGAGGAAAUGCGGUGUAAGGCGGCAGAGGCGCUUGCGUUCUUGCUGCGGGAGACAAAAGGUCUAGACAUGUUUCUUGCGAUGGAUGAUGAGAAGGCCACGCUUUGUGAGCUGCUAAAAGCAUUGGACGAUCCUUCAAGUGAGGUUAUCAUACUUGUACUGCGCGUGACAAUAGCGUGUCGUGCGGCGUACAAUGCGUAUGAGGCAACGCUGCGUCUUGUAAAGUACGGCUUUAUUGAGCGUUGCAUCGCGCUGCUGCGGCAUGAGGAGGAUCGAGUGACGGCAACGGCGUGCUCAGCCCUCGUGACUAUUUUUGUCGUCAAGGAGGCCUUUAUUCAGUUUAUACAGGCAGACGGAAUGGCGGAGGUGACAGAGGCUUUGAGGCGAAAUGACCCCUUCGUUGUGGCCGAGGCUGCUGAGGUGGUGAUUCAGUCUGCCUUGUACCGUUUGGGUAAAAAGGCUGCGGUGAACCACAACACUCUGGUGGCUUUGCAGCCCUACAUGUUGCACGACAAUCUGCGGGUGCGGACGGCUGUCACAGGGGCGGUGGCGCAGCUCACUAUAUACGAACCUGGGAAACAGCAGGCGGUAGACGAAAAUGUUGCUGAGCUUCUUCUGAAGCUUCUCAUGAAGGAAGAAGAGCGUGAUGUCUUGGUUAAUGUGCUUAAGACCAUUGUGAACGUCGCGGAGCACCCGGUGGGGAGGCGCCAGCUCCUGGUGGCGAAGGAUCGACUGCAGUUCAUUGCUCGAGAAGCCGAUGAUUACCAACCACUCACCUCGUCGGUCGCAGAGGCUCUUAGCCAACUCGAACGAAAGUGUUAG